AUGGGAAAUGGCUCAAACAACAAAGCAAAACAGCAAGGCAUCAACAAGCCGAAAACCAUAGGUCCCGAUAACGAGCUUGGCUUCCAGGUUUUGCCGGUUAUCAUUACCACAGUCAAGUCUCAGCAUGUCACCAUGAACGAGUACUCCAAAGUCAAAAAGGGAUCCUUCUCCCGCGGCCCCGAAAUGCUUAAAUUGCCAACGCCAGGUAAAGGUAAGUAUGCAACUCUCAAACUCUACAACGCGUCGCGGCUGUGA